AUGGGGAACGGUUCCAUGAAAUCGAAGCGGUACAAACACACGGACAUCUCCGCCAACGCAGCCAACGCCGCCAACGCCUCCAACAGCCGAGCCCACAAAAACCACGGCUUCAAAAACCCAUCCCUGGACUCUCUGAGGAACCGGGUGGACGAGCUGGAGCUGGAGGUCAAGCGGCGGGACGAGGAGCUCGGCGCCAAGGAGCGCCAGAUCAAAGGCCUCCAGGAGCAGCUGGCCGGCCAGACCCGAUCUCUGGCCGAGCUGAGCGAGGAGCUGCAGGAGAAGGGCGUCCAGCUCGGCAAGCUGCAGGACGUGAUGAGGAGCCAGGGAGGCGGGGCCCCGGCGACCUCGAGAACCCCCUCCGUCAAGGGAAGCGUCAACCGGAGGAAAGGGGCCAAGUCCGGGGUGUCGGCCGAACCCACGUCUAGGACCUACGACUCCGGAGGCCUGCCCAAGUUCUCCUUCGAGAAGGCCCGGGUGUCGAAGGACGUCAGCGUGAAGAAGCUGCUGGUCGACGCCCUGAACAAGAACCAGUACCUGAGGCGGCUGGAGGUGCAGCAGAUCAAGGACAUGGUGGAGUGCAUGUACGAGCGCACCUACCAGCAGGGGGAUGACGUCAUCCAGCAGGGGGAGCCCGGGCACCACCUCUUCGUCCUGGCAGACGGGAAGCUGGACGUGUUCCAGCACAACAAGCUGCUGGCGUCCAUCACGGUGUGGACCACGUUUGGAGAGCUCGCCAUCCUGUACAACUGCACGAGGACCGCGUCGGUGAGAGCGGUGAACAAAGUGAGGACGUGGGCGUUGGACCGGGAGGUGUUCCAGAACAUCAUGAGGAGGACGGCCGAGACGCGGCACGAACAGUACCGCAACUUCCUCCGGAGCGUUUCCCUCUUGGCUUAUCUACCGGAGGACAAGCUCAGCAAAAUAGUGGACUGCCUGGAGGUGGAAUACUUUGACAAGGGAGAGCACAUCAUCCGGGAGGGAGAGGAGGGGAGCACCUUCUACAUCAUCGCACAGGGGAAGGUGAAGGUGACCCAGACCACCGAGAACCACGAGCUGCCGCAGACCAUCAACACGCUGCACAAGGGGGACUACUUUGGAGAGAAGGCCCUCAUCAGUGAUGACGUCAGGUCGGCGAACAUCAUGGCUGACGAGAACGGGGUGGAGUGCCUUGUCAUCGACAGAGAGACCUUCGAUCAGACGGUGGGAACCUUCGACGAGCUGCAGAAGUACCUCCAGGGCUACGUGGCGACGCUUGACAGCGACGACAAGAAGAGGCACGCCAGGAGGUCGGUGUCGCAUCACCAGAGCCAGCCGCUGUCGCCGGACGUCCUCCAGCUAAAGGAGAUGGUGUCGGAGUUUCCUCCGUCCAAGCCCUUCGACCACCUGGAGGUCGUCGCUACCCUCGGGGUCGGCGGCUUCGGUCGGGUAGAACUGGUGAAGGUGCGGGGCGAGGACGUGACCUUCGCUCUCAAGGUCAUCAAGAAGAAGCACGUCGUGGACAACAGGCAGGAGGAGCACAUCCACUCGGAGAGGAAGAUCCUCGCCGAGGCUCGCUCGCCGUUCGUCGUCAAACUCUAUCGCACCUUCAAGGACGACAAGUUUGUGUACAUGCUGCUGGAGGCCUGUCUGGGCGGAGAGAUUUGGAGUCUGCUCCGAGACCGGGGAAGUUUCGAUGAGCCCACCGCCAAAUUCUGCGUGGGUUGCGUCACGGAGGCGUUCGAUUACCUCCAUCGCAAAGGGGUCCUCUACAGGGACCUGAAGCCUGAGAACCUCAUGUUGGAUACCGAGGGCUACAUCAAACUGGUCGACUUCGGCUUCGCCAAGAAGAUCCGAUGUGGCCAGAAGACCUGGACCUUCUGCGGGACGCCGGAGUACGGCCCCGAGAUCAUCCUCAACAAAGGCCACAACUUCAGCGUGGACUUCUGGUCUCUGGGCAUCCUGGUGUUCGAGCUCCUAACCGGCAGUCCUCCGUUCUCCGGCAGUGACCAGAUGAUGACGUACACUUUCAUCUUGAAGGGAAUCGAGAAAAUGGACUUUCCCAAGAAGGUCACCAAGAGACCCGAGGACCUCAUACGCAAGCUGUGCUGGCGAAAUCCCUCAGAGCGACUCGGCAACCUCAAAAACGGAAUAGCUGAUAUCAAGAAGCACAGGUGGUUCAACGGCUUCAACUGGGAGGGACUGAAGGUCAUGACUUCACAGUCUCCAUUGAAAAGAGAACUCACAGGACCGACGGAUCACAGCUAUUUCGACAGCUACCCUCCGGAUGAGGAGAGUCCACCCGAUGAGCAGUCUGGUUGGGACGUGGACUUCUGAGGCCUUCGGCUCCAUCUUUCCAUCAUUGUCCUUCCUUUGCACACCCCGACAAACCACAACUUAAGGGGGAAAAUGGGUGUUGGGGUGACCUCGGAUCCCCUCGGGCAGCCAUGGUGGACGUCCACAGGUUCUGGGAAGCCGUAGCUGCUGUUAGCUGGCUACUUUGUGAGCUUCUGGUUAGCCUUCUCAACACAAACAAACAAUUAGAGGAGAAUUCUACUUCGACUGUCGAGUUAAACCGCUUGUUACGUUACCAUCACGAUCCUUUUGGACAAUAUAUCUGACAGGCACUCGGAUAAAGUGUGCUAGUACUAAAAGUGGUAGUGUAAUCGUACAGUGUAUUAAAACUAGAAUCCUUAAUACUGAAACACAGCAAUGGUUCUCCACAAUCUGCUGUUGGAAUAAAUUGAACCUGUGUGUUGCGAUCAGGCCGCAAACUCCGGUUCUGCCGAGUGAAGCCAAACGUGCACACUCUCUCUACUGGCUACCAGAGGGCGAGUCGUCUGGUUGUAUAGAAGUAAAAGCUUAAUGUAUUCAAGCUACAUUAUCUCUACUAUCUACCGGGGGGCUGCUCGUCUGGUUGUAUAGAAGUCUAUGCUUUAUGUGUUGAAGCUGCAUCAUCUCUACCAGCGACGAGGGGGCAACUCCUCUGGUUGUAUAGAAAUCUAUGCUUUAUGUGUUAAAGCAGCAUUCUCUCUCCUGACCACCAGGGGGUGACUCCUCUGGUUGUAUAGAAGGAUAUGCUUCAUAUUUUAAAGCGGCAUUCUCUCUACUAAACACCUGGGUGUGACCCCUCUGGUUGUAUAGAAGUCUAUGUCAUGUGUUAAAGUUGCAUUCUCUCUACUGACCACCAGGGGGGGCGACUCCUCUGGUUGUAUAGAAGUCUAUGCUUCAUGUGUUAAAGCUGAAUUCUCUCUCCUGACAACCAGGGGGCGACUCUGGUUUUAUAGAAGUCUAUAUAAAUGACUCUACUUCUCUCUUGAUUUAUCCCCUCAGUAAACAUGAGUUUAUGUCUCAA